AUGACUAUCUUGGUCCCGAUGCAACGAGCGUUAUCGACCAAGUUCGUUGGCCGAAGCUUUAGUGUUGUCACUCGCGCUGGGAACAAUCCGUGGUUGGCACGUGUCAAUCACAACUACGACAACCACAGCCAUGACAAGACUGCACGGUCACACUACCUCUCCGCUCAUUCCAACUUCUUAGGCACGAGAUCAUAUGCAACGAAGACGGGCUCUAAGCCUGCGAGCCGCCCGAAAGCCCACACAGGUCGCACCCCUGCCAGACGGACUACUAAAGCUUCAACGUCAAGCAAACCUGGCCCCAAGACCACUGCAGGCAAGAGCAAUGUUGGUAGGCCGAAGGGAUCGAAGACGACAAAGACAAAGACAGGGAAAAAAGCGAGUGCUAAGCCCAAAGCACCACCGAAGAAGCCAGCAGUGAAGAAAGCGCCUUCAAAGACCACCCUCACCCGCGAACGUGUUGCCAAGGAAAAGCAACUCAAGGCCACCGCUCUGCUGGACACUCCCAAGAAUCUGCCCGCCACCCCCUGGACCAUCAUUUUCGGCGAAACCCACAAGAAUAAAUCAAAUGCUUCCACGGCUGAUAGAAGGAACCUGUCCAACGAAGCUGCUCAGAAGUACAGAAACUUGACUGCAGAGGAGAAAGAGCACUACAAUCAUUUGGCCCAUAUCAACAAGGAGAAGAAUGAUAAAACUUUCAAAAAAUGGCUGAGUCAAUACACUCCCGAUCAGAUUCGAGAGGCCAACAAUGCGAGAAGGCAGCUGAAGAAGAUUUGGCAGUCAAAGCAUCCUACCCCCAAGCAUAACAAGGAGUUCCCACUCCUCAAAGACGACAGACUAGUGACGCGACCGACGGGUGCUUACGCCUAUUUCACCCGGGACCGUUUCGCUAGCGGCGACUUUGCUAGGAUGCACGUCCCUGAGGCAUCCAAGCUGAUCGCUAGGGAAUGGAGGGCCCUAUCUGCUACUGAGAAGGAGAAAUAUGAACAGCAAGCUGCAGCAGAUUUCGGCAGGUACAACGAGGAGGUCCUCACUGUCUACAACAAGACUCCAGCCACGAAGGCCAAUGCCUAA